AUGGGCCUUAAGUUGAGAACUCGAGUUCGAGUUCCUGUAAGUCUCGUGCUAUCAUCAAUGCGAGGCGGUGACCUGGGUGGUGGUGGCCAGUGGUGUGGUUCGAUGCGGGAAUGUGGGCGGCGUAAAAGCACUGGUCGUGGACGAGAGGACCUUUGCGUUUGUGGUUCUGUUUCUGCCUUACGGCUGAUCUGUUUCGCCACUCUUCGAUGA